GUUGCCUGUGCUGGCUGCCUGUAUCUUGCAUUUCAGAGUCAGCGCUGGUAUCAUGGACAUACAAAACAUCACAAUCACAUCCACUCAAAUCGUUCCCCAACCUAAACCACAUACGACGUAUACCAUACAAAUCUCUACUCCUACGCGAACAUGGACAGUCAACAGACGAUAUAACGAUUUUUUGGCUUUUCACGAUGAAUUGAAAUCUUCUACAGGAAAAGAACCUCCGGCUCAAUUACCCGCGAAACAUACUUGGUCUCUCACACGUAGUGUAUACGAUGACAAGAUUGUUCGUGAACGUCGUAUUUUACUAGAACAAUACCUUCGUACUCUUCUCACUACCAAAGAUCCACGUUGGCGACAAUCUUAUGGUUUUUCAGAUUUUUUAGCAGUCCCAACACCUCGAGCAUCUUCGUCCACCGAACCAACAUCUUCUUCAAAUCUAUCCUCUAAUUUACCUCCACCACCUGAUAUUUUCACAGCUACCAAUUGGCUAUCCGAACAAUCUCAAGUCCAAUCUCUCCUUCGACUCGUACGUGCCGCUCUUUUGAAAAGGGAUGCAUUGGCAUUACAAUUAUCCGACGCUUCCGGUUCUCGUAGUGCUGGUGUUCAAGCCAAACGAUUAUUGAAAGAAGUUUCUGUCCGUCUUUCGAAUCUAGAAAAAGGUUUGAUAAGUUUAUCAGGAUUGGGGGAAGGAGAAAACAGAAGAAGAGAAGAAUUAAUUGAAGGUUUAAAAGCUGAAAGAGAUAAUUUGAAUAGAAUGUCAGAAACAGGUAUAAGAACUUCUGGUUCAAAUUUCUCAUCAAGUGCAGGAAUAAGUUCAGGAGGUAAAGAUACUAUGCCAGGUGGAAUAGGAUCGAUUUGGAAUACGAAUCCUCAACCUGGUAGAGUAUUUGGAAUCAAGAAUAAACCUCAGGAAACGGAAGAAACCAGACCUUUGGAUGAAAGAGGUUUAGUUCAAUUACAACAACAUCGUAUGGAUGAUCAAGAUCAACAAUUAGGUGAAUUGAGUAAAGUUUUACAGAGACAAAGAAAAAUGGGAGAAGAGAUACAUCAAGAGAUUGAAGAACAAAAUGAAAUGUUGGAUCAUGUUGAAGGUGAAGUGACGAGGGUAGGAGGAAAGUUGGCAAGGGCGAAGAGACAGAUGAACCAAUUGAAGUGAUUUCAUACGACUCUCACUACCUCUUUCAAUCUUUUUCCAUUCACUAUCCGAUAUUAUACACCUCACAUAAGCCUUAUCACUGCUUCGCGCUUGGAUUCGUAUCCCGACAAAAGUGUGAUUGGAGUAGGUACAAAGGGCAUUGUGUUGGAAAAGAAGACAGAUGGUGGCUUUGGUUACGAAUAACGACGCACGAUAUGGGUAAGAAUGUGGUGAGUGUCACUUUAGUCUUCUCGGGUGUAGCGAUGCUAUAGUAAUUCAC